AUGGGUGUUCCACAAAUAUGGGAAUACCUAAGACCAUAUACCGAAGACAAUCGGCUACCCUUCCGUCACUUUGUGUCUGAUUUCAGAGGGAAACAUGGGAGAUCACCACGGAUAGCCAUCGAUGCCUAUAAUUGGCUUUUUGAAUGUGGGUUCAUCAAAUCACAUGGCAAUUCUAUCAAAUACAACUCUCAGGGAACAUUACCGAAGGCAAUCUUGAACUUCAUCUCCAGAUUGAAGGACUUAUUAAGCCUAGAUGUCACCUUUUUGCUUGUCUUUGAUGGACCCAUGAAACCAAGUUUCAAGAACAAUUUCAUGAAUGAGUCUGAUGCUACCUUGGAUUUUAAUCAAAUAGAUAUGAUAGAAUAUAUGAAACAAUGGGAGCUGCACAUACAAUAUCAUAAGGACAAUGCUACCGGAUGUUUGACAUCUACAAAUCACCAACCUGAAUUUAUGAGUUGUAUUACGACAAUACUUAGAGCUAUGAACAUUUCAUUUUUAGAGAGUUGUGGGGAGGGAGAAGCCCAAUGUGCCUGGCUACAGAUAAAUGGGUAUGUUGAUUUUAUAUGGACUAACGAUUCUGAUACACUAAUAUUUGGAGGCACCAAGCUAUUGAAAAAUUAUUCUAAAUCGUUAGAUGAUGUAGGUAUGACAUCUACCAAGGCAAGUCCAUCGAAAAGCAGGAGUCCCAGCAGAAGUCCCAGCAAAAGUCCCAGCAGAAGUCCAACAAGAAUUCCACAACAAGAGACUACAGGUGGUUUAUCCAGAGAAUAUUUUGUUACAGAGGUAGAUCUCAAUAGAAUUUCAUUAGAGACCGAGGGGAGAUUAGGUCGUUGGCCUCUUUUAUUCUUUAGUAUACUGUCAGGCGCAGAUUAUAAUCAAGGUGUAAAAGGAUUGGGUAAGGCAAAGGCUAUGAAAUUAGCUCAGUUAUCGAACCCAAAUUUUGCUCUCAGGUUCAGAGAUAUCUUUGCAAGUUUGGAAACAGAUGUAAGUGAAAGAACUUUGAAAUAUGCAGAAUUUCAACAAGAUGUCUUCCAUUAUUGUCAAGACCAUUCUAAAUCGUUAUUCGGUCGAAAUUAUUCUUCAAUGUUAAGCACUAAUGGGUUCGAAGACUGGCCUACUGAUCUAGUUGUAUUGCAUUAUUUUCAUCCUUUUACAGCCGGGACCCUUAAUCAUUCUAUUUUCAAUUCAAAUCACUCGAAUGUGAGUGGCAAUUUGGGUUAUGAUCUGAUAAAAUUCAAUGAACUCGGAGAUUAUUUGAAAACAUUUAACCUUCCAGGUGUUACACAUUUUGAUAAGUGGUUCCAUGAAACCAUGCAUCAAUCAUUUCUCUUACAUUUCAUUCUUUAUUCAAAAAGUUCAUUUGAUAGUAUUUUAAAAAUCACUGAGGAGAAGGAGCUUCUCAUCAACAAUGAGGCAAGAUUCAAGAGGCCUUAUUGGAAAAUCCGUUAUAAAGCAUUCCUUUCAAACAUAUCACCGCCAAUUGAACCUAUUCAGUCUCCUACGAAACAAACAAGAAGUCCCAGUAAAAGACAAACAGAUAUUAGAAAUUUCCCAUUUUCUAUGUGGCUACCGAAAGAGAUGAUCCCCCGAACACAUGUACUGGUUAAGAACUAUGAAAAAGAAGAACAAGACCGAUUAAACGAAGAAUUGGCGAAGGAAUCGAAACUAAAAUCAAAGUCCAGAUCGCCAAGAAAGAAAAAUAAAUAUGUCCAAAAAAAUAACCUUGACGUAUUCCUUCAAAAGCAUGCAUCUCCAAUAAAAGACGUAAGCAGUUUGAGCGAAUUAAAAAAUCCGGUUUUAGAACCCGUAAAAAGAAAAUUAUUUGUUGAAGAUAAUGAUGAUAGUGAUAAUGGACACCCUGAAAUCAUUAACCUUGAUGAAAGUUUUCAUGAUGAUUCACUCAUCGUAUUAGAAGAGAAUAAUAGUGCGAAUCCCGUAAUUCACAAUUCACCUACUAAACGUUUGCUGGAAGUCGAUAAAGACGAUGUUAUAGACAGGAAUACCGAUAUUGAAGAAUCUCCUUUGAAGAGAACACAUAGAGACGAUCUACCUGAGAAGAAGACAUUACAACUUUCGUUCAGAGAAGACUACAGUACCGAUCAGUUUACGAAUCGCCCUGUUUUGAAGAAUACAGUAACAUUUGAACGUACACCUUCUGUUCUGGAUCAAUUAGUGUCUGAUGCUCAAAAGACUAUGCAAGAUGAUUUUGACACCAGUGACAGUAGUCUUGAGCUUUGA